CUAGAAUUGGAAACCAUUCAUAACUACACACAAAAAAAAAAAAGACACGAGCCGAUUAGGGUUUUAUUUUUUCUUUCGAGAUCUGCAAUCAUGGCGGACAUGGAGUCGGAGGAGGUUCUGGUGAACCCGGGCCAGAUGGCGGCGGCGGCGAAGAAGAACCGGACGUUCAAAAAAUUCAGCUUCCGCGGCGUGGAUUUGGACGCGCUGCUCGACAUGUCGACCGACGAUCUGGUGACCCUCUUCACGGCCCGGGCCCGGAGGAGGUUCCAGCGUGGGCUGACGAGGAAGCCCAUGGCGCUGAUCAAGAAGCUCCGCAAGGCCAAGAGGGAGGCCACGCCGGGGGAGAAGCCGCAGCCGGUGAGGACCCACCUCCGAAACAUGAUCAUCGUCCCCGAGAUGAUCGGAAGCGUGAUUGGGAUCUACAACGGCAAGAUGUUCAACCAGAUCGAGGUGAAGCCCGAGAUGAUCGGUCACUAUUUAGCUGAGUUUUCGAUUACUUACAAGCCCAUUAAGCACGGCAGGCCAGGCCAUGGUGCUACUCACUCUUCCAGGUUCAUUCCUCUCAAGUGAUCAAACCAAAGUUGUGUUUAAUGGAUGUUUGGUUUCGUUUGUUGUUUUUGGUUGGGGGAUCUUUUUUCCUCGAUUUGAAUUGUUUUUGGGAUUGUUUAUCUAUUUGGGUUGCCGAAGUACUUUAUUAAUUUUGUUCAUUGCUACCUAGGAAAUACUGUUAGGUGGUUGACAUGAUAACUGGAUGCUUGCAUCUUAUAUAUGCAAUGUUCGUAGUUUAAUCGUGUUUCAAUUUAUAUUUAUAAAACUGCUUACCGACU